GUUCUCCCUCUUUUGGAGAACGUUGACGUACGGCCCAGCUUCAGCGACGUGAUGACGUCAGAGGGGUGUAUCCAAACAGAGGACAGAGAGAGGACUCCACAAUGGGAGACAGCUUUCGCGAGCAGCUGUUGGAGGACACCGCCUUCCUCAGAGCCGAGCAGAGACUGGACACGGAGCUGGUGGACAAACUCAUCCUGCAGCUCAACAGAAUCUACCCGCAGAUCCUCAGUGACAAGGAGGCCACCAGAUUCAGAAAUUUGGACGUACCGACAAGUGUCCGCCUGGGUGAGCUCCUGACACAUCUGCAGGGGAAAGGUGAUGAAGCGUGCAGGGAGUUUUACCGAGCGCUCCACCUGCACGUGGAGGAUGUAUACUACAGCCUGCCCACACGGUUACGCCUCAGAGACUCUUCGAAUCCACUCACAAGGUCCCAGAUCCGCCCAGAGAGAAACGUUCUGAACGAGAGAGGUCCUCUCUUUUUCCUGGGUUGUUUCGGCUUUGCUGCAGGAAUGGCUUUUCUCUAUUACUGUGGAGAAGCUAAAGUGUCGGGAGGCAGCCGGGCACUCGGAAUGGCCGCUCUCGGUUUGAAAAGAAAAGCGCAAGAGGUUCUUAUUUGGUACACGGAAGAAGGCAUGAUGAAAUAAUGAGUGUCUUUUUCAUCUUUGGAGCUUCGGGAUUACCGACACUACGCAAAAAUACGACUUGCUCUGAUGUUGUGGACAUUGUGAACUAUGCAAAGAAAGUUUCAGUUUUAGUGCUGUUCUGAAUGACAAGAGGAGCCACAUUUGACUCGUUGGUAACACUUUAUAUAAUGUUAAAUGGUCUGAAGCAAUGAAUACACUGAGCAAUGACUAAUGUGCAAUGAAAUGGUGUAAAUACUUUUUAUACAAAAAUGUAUCUAAACAACCAAAUACAGGGUUGAUAAAUUGUUAUCUAAAAGCA